AUGCCUGUCCCCGAGAGCCCGUUGUAUCCAGGUUUCAUCGGCGACCUCUCCAGGUUCUGCGAUUUGGACGUGCUUCGCAAGCUCGCGCGCAUCUUUCCAGCUUCCGAGUUCCCAAUCGCUCGAUUGCAUCGCCGUUUCCGAACGUUCUUUGACGAUUACCUUUGCAUACCGUCGCCGUCAGAAAUCGCAGCGAGAGCGGCAUCAUGGGAGCCGGUGAACCGAAACUUUGACCACGUCGCGGAGAGUCCCGAUGGAAUAGAACCGCCACUUUCCGCAGAGGAAUACCUUCUGAAGAUAUACCUGUCCCGGCUCCAGGACUUUGCUGAUCGGUUGGAGACUUGCAAGGACAUACUGUCUGCGAACAUGGUGUCUCCGGAAAUCGGCUCUACUGGUGCCAAAGUAUUGCUCUCGCGUCGACUGGCGGUGUCAAACGAUCAGUACGCUCUGCCCCCCGAUGCCGUCCAUCAUGUUCUGCACUCCGUCGUAUCCAUCCCGAAGGCGUCGAUGGCGUCGAAAGCGUCUGAUGCAGGCAGUGCUGUUGGGGAAUGCACCCUGAUAUACCUGGAAGCUUGCGCUCUCACGCCGGGCGAUUUCACUCACGGAUCUGCGUCUCUACACCACCUCUUCCGCCUCUGGUGGCCACUACUGUUGCCAUUCGUUCAUCGCGAUGCAAUCCUGCUUGCAGGGUUAUGGCCGAAUACUGAUGGUGGGAUGCACACAAUCAGCAUUUUCGAUGACGAGGAGAGGCGUCGGGAAAUCCGAAACUGGCGCUCUCAGCUUAACAUUCGAACGUCAAAUCACAGCACCGAUGGAAACUAUGUGAAACCUAGUUUGAAUUGGGGCGAUACUGAGAAUGAUCUGUGUACAGCCGAAAUCGAUCGUAUUUGGAAUGAUUUGGAAAGAACGCUGUUCGGUCGCGCUCAUUACAAUCUGUCAAUAUCGACGCAUCUGCUGGAUUCGCUUAUCAGCACUAUCCGCAAAAUGCAGUGGCGGGCUCGUAACAGUUGGCCUCUAAGUAUUGAAGGAAAGCCAGAAACGUACGGAACACUUUCCCUGGCGUCAGCGUUCGCCAAGGAUACGAAGCCAAGUGACGAAGUGGCACAACCCGCCUUAGACCUGAACCGGAUGCAAACCGCGCUGCCCGGCUACGACGCUUGGAUACAAACCAGCAACAUCACCGUCGUUGACGGCCUCUCCACGUCGGGGUUGGUCACGGCGUGUGCCACCUUUGACCAAGUGAAGGUUGUGUUUGACAUGUCUUGCGCAAGCUGCUCAGGAGAUGCGACCCAGCUUUCGCCAACACGCAUCUCUUUUGAAAUGUCCUACUUCUGGAGGGAUGGACCUGGCCCAAUCCUUCUCGAGAAUCACAUGUGCAUAGUCGCCGACGUCCCUGCGGUGGACGAAAAACCAGCCACUAGAAUCACGCUCAUAGACACAAAGUGUUCGGCGAGGGAUGCGGGUCAUGAUCACCGGCGCUGGCCUGCUAUUGUAGACCUGAUGCAUGAACUUGGGGUCAGGGUCCCUCACAAUGCUCCAAAACCCGAAACCCUCUCGCCUCGUACAAGGUACACACCGCAUAUUGGGUGGACACCAGACAACUUUUUCCGCUGGCUAGUCGCAUUUUGCUGCACCGCCUUCCCUCACGUUCUCAUUCAGUACUUCGACCCUGAUUUGGAGUUCGGACUGAUCGAUAUUUCGCCAGUGGCCGAUGACGGAAUCUUGAACGUUGCGGCUUAUGCGGUGUGGCAUGACCCUAUAACGAUUUGA